AUGGAUUUUGGUUUGGAAAAUGAGGUUUUCACUCCAAAUUUGGCAUUGAAGCAGCUUCAAGUUCGAUCGGAGCAUUUUGAUGAUGAAAUAGUAGUUGAUAAUAACCUUGAUGAGGAAUCUGUGUUAGCUGAGGAUACUACUGCACCAGUUCAGAUUGAAUUGGAUGAUAUUCAAAGUGAGAUUGAUUUUUGGAACUCUACUGUUGUUUGUUAUAUUGUGGGUGCUAAUCCCCCAAUUAAUGUGAUGGAGGGCUAUGUUAGGAGGAUUUGGGGAAGUCUGAAGGUGGAUAAGGUGGUAUUAGUGAAAAAGGGAGUGUAUCAGGAUGUUGAUAUGGAAAAGGAGGUGGUGCAGGUUGUUCCAAUUUGGAUUCAGUUGAAACUGAAUUUUAAAUACUGGAGUGAGAAAGCCAUAUUCAAAAUUGUGAGCCAAUUGGGGAAACCUAUAAAGAGAGAUUAUGCUACAGCUUGCAGGGAUAAAAUACAGUUUGCUAGAGUAAUGGUUGAAGUUCCAAUGGCAGCUUCCUUGCCUGACCAUAUAUUUUUCAUGAAUGAACAUGGAGAGAAGGUUCAGGUGGAAUUGAGGUAUGAAUGGAAACCAACUUUAUGUGCCAAAUGCAAUAUGGUGGGGCAUGUUGAAACAGAUUGUAGGCAGGGUAAAAGUAGGAAAGUGUGGGUUCAGAAACAGAAGCAAGGGGGUGCACAACCUCAACAAGUUGUUCACCCAGCUAUUGAGGUGGAUCAAGAGGGAUUUCAAAGAGCAUUGAGGCCUAUCAGGGUUAGGGUUGAUUCUGUGGAGCCAACACAUGUUGCUAACCCCUUUGAUAUUCUGCAGAAUGAAAGUAUGAAUGAGAGUACUGAUAAUUUGCCAGGAGGAGAAGAUGAAGUGAGAAGGUUCAUCCAGAAGUUUGAUAUUGGGUUGGUUGGGCUCCUUGAACACAAGGUGAAGGGUGCCAAUAUUGGUAAAAUUUAUCAAAGAGUGUUCACAAAUUGGUGUUUCACUGGGAAUGUUAGUUUUCAUAAAGGUAGAAGGAUAGUAGUUGCUUGGAAACCUGGCAGUUUUACUAGACUAGCGUUAUGGAGAGACUUAAAGACUUUGAGCACACAGGAACCUUGGAUCAUGGGUGGGGAUUUCAACUGUGUUAUGACUAGUGAGGAGAGAAUUGGUGCUCCUGUGAGGCAAGCUGAAAUUUCUGGAAUUAAUGAGUGUAUGCAUGAUUGUAGUAUGGAGGAUGUGAAAUGUGUGGGGAAUAUGUUUACCUGGAAUAAUAAACAGCAGGGUAAUGCUAGAGUGUUUUCUAAGUUGGAUAGAGUGUUGGCUAAUCCAGCUUGGCAUGAUGUUUAUACUGAUGCAGAGGUGUGUUUUAUGAGUGAAGGGGAGUUUGAUCACUCUCCUGGUCUUCUCACUUUGUAUCCAAGGGUUGCAGGUGGGAAGAAACUAUUCAGAUAUUACACAAUGUGGAAAACAGCUCCUAAUUUCAAUGCUAUCAUCCAAGAUGUAUGGAGUGAGCAGAUUAAUGGAAGCAAGAUGUAUGUACUAGUUUCUAAAUUGAAGAAGAUUAAGCUUGCCUUGAAGGAGCUUAAUAAGAUUGGAUUCACUGAUAUUCAAGCUGCUGAUAUUAAAGCUCACCAGUUACUGAUGGAAGCUCAGAAAGCUAUGCAUUCUAAUCCUACUGAUCAAACUUUAGCUGACUUAGAGUUAGCUGCAAUCAAGGAGUACAAAAGGCACCAUCAGGUGUACAUGGAUUUCUUAAAACAAAAAGCUAAGAUGGAAUGGAUCAAAGCCGGAGAUGAGAACACUGUAUUAUUUCAUCAGAGUAUCAAGACCAGGAAUGUGCAGAAUCAAGUAUACAGCAUACAUGAUAUGCAUGGGAAUUGGCAAGAUACAACUGAUACAGUUUCUGGUGCUUUCCUAGAGUAUUAUAUGAAGCUGUUGGGCACUAAUCAAGCUGACAGCAAGCCUGUUUUCAAGGAGAUUGUGUUGGUUGGCCCUGUGAUUACAGACCAACAUAGAACAAUUCUUACUGCUGAUUACACUAAAGAAGAAGUGAAGAGUGCCUUGUUUUCCAUUCCAGGCACUAAAGCUCCUGGAUCAGAUGGCUUUGGUUCUUUUUUCUACAAAGAUGAUUGGCAUAUUGUAGGUGAUGAGGUAAUCAAUGAUGUGCUUGAUGUGCUGAAUAAUGGCAAGCUUUUAAAGGAGAUGAAUCACACAGUGUUACCAGAUUUGAUUCUUGAGAAUGAAGGAGGGUUUGUGCAUGGAAGGUACAUUGUCCAUAAUAUCAUGGUAAUUCAGGAUCUGGUUAGAUAUUAUGGAAGGAAAUCAGUUAAGCCAAGUUGUUUGUUGAAAGUAGAUUUGCAAAAGGCUUAUGAUACAGUUGAUUGGUGUUUCCUUCAGGAGAUGUUGGAGAUUCUAGGUUUCCUUGAUAAAUUUGUGAAGUUGGUGAUGACUUGUGUUACAACCCCAAUGUUUUCUCUCAUGAUCAAUCGAAUUCUUCAUAAGUUGACUGAGCUGCCUCAAUUUCAUUACCAUCCCAGGUGUAAAGAUCUUAAACUCACUCAUCUUUGUUUUGCUGAUGACCUCAUCUUGUGUUGUAAAGGGGAUUACCCUUCCAUUUAUUCUCUUCUUCAAGCUUUUGUCCUGUUUUCUAAGUCUUCUGGUCUGAUGGCUAAUAAAAGAAAAUAUGCUGUUUAUUGUCAUGGCAUGGCUGAAUCUGAUGUGACAAGAGUGGUGGAAGCUUCUGGGUUUGUUAGAAGUGUUCUGCCUUUUAAGUACUUAGGAGUACUAAUUUGUUCUAAAAAGAUAUCUGCAGGCCAGUGUGACGUUUUGGUGGAUAAAAUGACAGCAAGGAUUAAAAUGUGGAGCACUAGGAAUCUGUCCUACACUGCUAGAAUGCAGCUGAUUAAUUCUGUACUGUUAAGCUUGCAUAUGUAUUGGGCUCAGGUUUACAUUCUUCCUAGGAGUGUACUUCUUGACAUUAUCAAAAUCUGUAAGGCCUUCUUAUGGAGUGGACAAACCUACAGUACUAAGCCAAGUAACAUAGCUUGGGAAAGAGUUUGCUCCCCUAAGUAG